AUAAGUUCAACCACACAUGUUACAUUCAUGAACGUGUGUGUCCAUCACAUAUACGUCAGUAUUGAAGUCAACAGUUGUCAAGAUGGCUGCUUUCACUAUUGUCAAGCUUCUCGCACUGUUGGCGAUUGCGGGAUUUCAAGUUCUGCUAGCCGUCUGUCCUGCCGGCUGGUUGGCGUGGCAAGACGCCUGUUACAUCUUGCUGCCUGACAAAAUGGAUUGGUGGCAAGCUGAGAAGGUUUGCGACCGGCCUGGGAGCAGCCUGGUCGUUCCUGACUCGCAGGAAGAACAGGACUUCAUCUGGCGGGAAAUGAAGGCGAGGAUGCAGGAAUUUGGCGCUCAGUCAGAAGAUGACUUGCAACUGUGGAUUGGAUGCAAGGAUGUCGACAACAGCGGGACGCUUUCGUGCAACGGUGUCGAUGGGGAUCCCAUCUACAAAAAUUGGUGGGGUCGUGACCCGGAUAAUAUUCAGCACAUUUGUGUCCGAAUGGCUGAGACAUUCAACGGUCAGUGGGCAGACAUUGAUUGCAGUUAUUCGAAAUACGCCGCUUGUGAGAUGCAUGUCUCUCGUGUCUCGUUCUGCAUGCCGACCGAUGGUGACGGCCAUUGCCCGCCACACUGUCUGCUCAACCACGGGAUCAAGAACCUCACGACCGGAGUUACCGGAUGUGCCUGGGCAUGCUGGGAAGAGCCUCGAUGCCACUCCUUCAAUCUCUGGCAGAAGAAGGAAGAAAACGCGGGAAUCUGUCAGCUCAACAGCGCAACUCGCCUGCAGGCCGCUGCCGAAGAUUACAAGUACGUGGAGGACUGCUACUUCUACGAAAUGUAACAG